GGUUUUAUACAUCUGGCUGUGUAUAAUUUAGCCAGUAAUAGCUGUGGUAGUUUACAGUUCUCUGUACUUUUCAGUACUGGCAAUUCCAAAUCGCUUGCUUUUUGUCAAAAGAACUAAGUUGACUUUAAGCAUGGUCUAUGAUUUUUUAAAUUUUUUUUUUAUUAAAACCUGUUUAUUUGUACAUGAGCUGCUCCGAAAGGGGUAUAUAUAUUUGGGUCUCUAGGGGUACCUCACUCCUCAUUCUCAAGUCUUCUUAAAGGAAGAAAAACAAAGGAAACCUCCCAACCCUACACAGGUCUCUUGUCUCAUCAGGCAUGGGGAGUGGUGUCUGAAAAAAACCCCAGCUCGAAGGACUUGAUGACACAGUGAGAAAAGCGAGUGUUAGCAGUGUGUUAGCUCCCACUCCCACUCACUCAGCACACACUCAGCGUGCACCCCCUCCCUCCACAACCCCACUGCAGCACCACUGGCUUUGGGAAGUGGUGGGAGACCUGUGUAUGUACAUAUGCAUUACCUUGUUGGAGUGAGGUCAGUUUAAACGCAGCCUAUUAAAUUAUUUACAGAAGACAGUUGGCCGACCCAUUGUGCUGUGUUAGUGGGAGCCAAAGGUCACUUUGGUGUGCCUGGUUGAUUCAUAGGGUAAUCUGAUACAGUACUUAGCUUUUUGCCUCCCAGUCAGUGGGUUAAACCUUAUCCUCUUAUUAUGAGUCACAGAGCCAUAAGUUUCAGAAAAAGCCAGAGCCUUUGUUUUUAAUGGUUUGGAAGAGGCUGUGCAGCAGAAUCCAGAGGGCUGCGGUAGCAUCUGCCAAGGGGUUGGGGCGUGUUCUGCGACAGUGUAAAUCCGACUGGCAGCUUGGGAGCCCGAACACUGCACCCUUCUUUUCUUAGGAUCCUUGUCCUUUUGAUAACAUCAUCUGCAGCCGUUAGGACGUUAAGACAUUAAUGUUUGUUGUUCAGAUAAAGGGUAUGGUUUCGUGUUCUUUUUCCUUCCUGCCCCCACCCCUCCCGCGGGUUCCUUGUUACCACCAUCUCCUUGAGGAUUCACUGACCUGACCUAACUGGCUAUCUCCCACAUUCAAUUUUUUUUUUUUUUUUUUGUAAGAUAGAAAUUUGUGGGGGUUUUUUUUGUCAACUUUUAUCUUGGUGACCAAUUACAGCAAAACCCAUGGGUAUUGGGGUGCCUUGGUAUAACCAACUCCCAUCUGCUUUAAAAUGUACCCUUUGCCCCUCCAUCUUGCAGGCUUAUUCCCUCCUGGGAGCAGCAUUGGUAUUGGCAUACAGGGCAAGCACUGCAGCUUUCAGAAGUGCCUGACUUUUUAAAACUUUUGCACUGUGGAGUGCUUUUCCUAGCUACUAGUUUAAAGAGAAGGCAGCAGAAUGCAGCAGCUGGGAAUGAAACCUGUUUUAUGAGCUGUGAGAGCCCGAUCACUAAAUAUCUGCUCAGAUUUUGUUUACAUCUAUGCACUUUAUUUAGUUUCUUUUCAAAUCUACCACUAGUUACGGGGGCACUAAUGCUUUCAGCACACCGUUCAGGAUACUUUUGGUGUGGAAAAGCUCCAGGAUUUUAUUUUCCCCCUCUCCGAGUCCGCAGAGGUGCGCAAGUGCUUUCCUAUUUCUGCACGCAGAGUUCAGAAGUUUGUGCUGCCGCUGAGCUGGCUGAGGAAAGGAGGAGUUUUGCUUUUAGAAGAGCGAGCCUAUCAUAUUUCACUCUAAUCCUAAGCGAUAGCCACGCAGUCGGUUUUAUUGUUAGAAGAGCCUUCCUGGAGCUCCUUCACCAGGCUUUUCUCUGAGGGAGCCGGGAAGCCAGAAUGAGGCGGCAGAAGUGCAGUGGCUUUAUUGUCCCCCAUGAGCAGUGCCAUGCCAAGGCGUGAUCUCUGCCUGCUCUCCCCUCCUCGUGGGCUGCUUCUCAUGAGCCAGGAGAGGGGACUGAAUUGCCUGCACGCUCCCGGGCAGCGAUGCCAGGGAGAAGAGUGCAGUUUUUGCUGUUGAGUGGAGAAUGGGGAAAACACUUGCCUCAGUGCUGUGCUCUGCUCAGCCCUUACAUGCUCCGCUGAGCUGCUGCAAGGUGCCACUUUCUGCUGCUUUUCUCCCCUUUGUUUUCUUUGGCAGCUCCCUAAGUGCUGUAUCAAAACAGCUUCAGGGGAGCUGCGCUGGCACAGCCACCUGCCUCCAUACUGCUGCUGGUUUAAAGGCAGCGAGAAGAAACCUGGACUGAAGUCGGAUUGAGUUUGUUUAGCCUCCCGCGAAAACCGCUGGGAAAGGGGACAGGAACAAUUUCAGAGAGGUCUCUUUGGAACCGGCGCCAGUGGCUGGCUUGAAAGAAAAUGAAAAAGGAGUGUGUUUCGAGAUCUUUCAAACUCAAACAAAACCCAGGCUCCCUCUCGCGUGCUGUCAGCUGGAUAAAUUUCUCGUCCUUGUCAAGGCAGACAAAGAGACUGUUUCGCAGCGAUGGGGAACUCUCCUCCAUGUGCGUGCAGCACGUAGACGAGGACGACGAGAACUGGACCUACCGGAGCCAGCAGAGGAAAGCUGUUUCCAACCUAGAUGAAGAGAGUAGAUGGACUGUGCACUACACUGCUCCGUGGCACCAGCAGGAAAAUGUCUUCCUACCCUCCUCAAGACCACCUUGUGUGGAGGACCUGCACAGACAAGCCAAGCUGAACCUCAAGUCAGUGCUGAGAGAGUGUGACAAGCUGCGGAGGGAUGGCUACCGGAGCUCGCAGUAUUACUCUCAGGGCCCCACCUUCUCCUCGUCCUCCAGUGCAAUCUGUGGAAGUUACCAGGAUGAUUAUGAAGAAAUUGAACAAAAGUCUAGUCUGUUAGACUGCAUCUCUCAGUCUUGCAUUAGCGCCUGCUGUAACUUGGUUCCCUGGAGCAACAAGUGUCCUGUCUCUACCCCUGAAGAAGAAAAGCUUAUUACCAUCAAAAGGCCUAAAAGUCCAGCUACUAAUGAGUUAUCAGAUAUCAACACCCAAACCAACUGGACUAAGUCUCUCCCACUGCCAACGCCAGAAGAGAAAAUGCGACAACAAGCGCAAGCCGUCCAAACAGAUGUGGUUCCUAUUAAUGUGACUGGGGAGAAUUUCGACCGCCAAGCCAGCAUUCGGCGGUCUCUAAUUUACACAGACACGGUGGUAAGACGGCCGAAGAAAGUCAAAAGGAGAAAGACUAUUACAGGAAUCCCUGACAACAUACAAAAGGAGCUAGCAGUUGGUACUGGCCAAAGUGAUUUCCGAGGGCAUUCAAUGUAUGUCCCGGAUCACUGUUCCACGCUAGGGAGACUGGACAGCUAUCGCUCCGCUAUGCAGCGCUCUGAAACCAAGGACACCAGCUGCCAGACAGAGGAAGUUAAAGUUGUGCCCCCUUCAAUGAGAAGAAUACGAGCACAGAAAGGACAAGGCAUUGCGGCCCAGAUGUCUCAGUUCUCCAGCUCAUCUGGAAACAUGUCAGUGAUGAGUGAUUCUGCUGCAGUUAUAUUUGCUUCUCGCCAAAAUAACGACAUAGGUUUUCACAGCUUGCCUCGGAUUGGUGCGAGAGUGUCUCUGCAGUCCCUAGAUGAGACACAGAGCAUGAUGUCAAGGCAGACAGAAGACAUUGCUGGCACUUUACCCCACCAGAUAAGUAAAUUGCAAGUGGAUGAUAGUGUUGUGCAUCUGAGGAAUAAUCCCAUGAUGGGGACCCCGUCAAGGCCAAAGUCCCAAGAGGUGAGAAGCUGUGAUAGCGAGAAGUCCUCAAGCCCAGCAUGUGUGGUCUCUCCUCAUGCCACUUACUCAACAAGCAUCAUACCCAAUGCAACACUGUCAUCCUCCUCGGAAGUUAUCCUUAUUCAUGCUGCCCAGAGUGUUGGAUCAUUGGAUAGUAAAAUGUCCAGCUCCACUGCCUUUCCAAAUCCAAGAGACAAUCCUGCUGCCAGCAGUGCAGUAAGUGGGAAAGAAGAUCACCAUUCUUCAAGUGGUAACUGGAGUGAGAGUAGCUCCACACGUCACUCACAGACUUCAGAUACCAUCCCAUCUAACACUGUCAUGAUGCUUUCUCUUGGUGACUCUGCUGUCUCUCUAAGCACUCCUGGGAAUGCAGAGGCUGGGUCUCAGAGCAUGAGCUACAGCUGCAGGAACACUGCUGCUUUAGCAAGCCCUUCCCAGGACAGCGAUGGUCGGAGCGAAUCCAGCUAUUCUGGGGAGCGAGCACAGGCAGCAGUGAGCAGCACGGAGCAUUGGUUGUACAAGUCGUCAGAAAACAGCGAGACCCCUUCACGCAAGGUGGUUUGUACACCAGGCUGUGCCACGCCCGGUAGCAACCUGAGCAGCAGUAGCCUGGAGAGGACAUCAGGCAGGGAUGAUUCUACUUCCCUGUAUUCCGUGGAUCACGAUGGCUAUUAUGGCUCCAUGCAUAUGGAGUCCAGACUGAAAACAGACAUGCCGUGCAACAGUACUAAUGGUUUUGAGAAUCCCAGAGACAGUGUGAUAAAUGUCUUUGAAGGAAAGGAGAAGAAACUUCAGGAUGACCACUCAGGCCAAGGUGACAAAUCCCUCGCAAGAAACAUCUCACUGAAAAAGGCAAAGAAACCACCUUUGCCACCAUCCAGAACAGACUCACUCAGAAGGAUGCCUAAGAAAAAAGCUCAAUCUAAUGGACAGAUACUUGAUGAAACCCUCAUUGCCACUCUCCAGCAUUCUCUGCAGCUGAAUCUCAAGUGCAAAAAUGGCAGCUCCCCUUCCCAGAGCCCCUGCAGUGAUUAUGAGGAUCCCUGGGUGUUGCGCUCCCGCAGCCAAAGCUCGGUCAGUGCGAGCAGCAGCAUGAUGUCCACCACUGCUCCAAACCUGUACUCCAUCUGCACAGUCACUCCCUCCCAGAGUGAAACAAGUAGCAUAAAGUCAGAAUAUGCUGACCAGUGGGGUUACUACAGCGACUAUGCUGCCGUAGCAGAUGACCAGGUGAAGUCUCCAGUGACCCAUUCUGCCAGUACUUCAUCUGCUCUCAGUGAUUACAGCAUCAGCCACUUCAGUGAUGGCUCAAGGGCUUCUGUGCCGCAAGUGCCCAGUGGACUGGCCAAACCAAAGAGUGCUUCUCCGGAGAAAUCCCACCGAGUCACAUCGCCAUCGAGUGGGUACUCCAGCCAGUCCAAUACACCCACUGCGCUUACUCCAGUGCCUGUACUUGUAAAGUCUGCAUCAUCAGGAAAUGGGAAAUCCAAGCUGAAGCCUAAAGUGCCUGAAAGGAAGUCCUCUCUUCUGUCUUCAGUCUCCAUGUCUUCGUCAUCCACUUCUCUUUCUUCAAAUACAUCUACUGAAGGGAGUGUGAGUGUGAAGAAACUGGACCCUGCCCUGAGCCCUCCUCUGGAUUCUGGUGCACCUCCUCCACCACCUCCUCUUCCAACAUCUCAGCAUUGCCCUGAACUUUCUCCUCUUCCUCCUCCUCCUCCAGCAGAAGUAAUGGAUCUGUCACCAUUGUCGACUUCUCCCACAUUCCCCCCUCCUCCGCCAGAAGCCAGUGUAAGUUCUACCUUUGCUCAGACUGUCCCAUGGUUUCCGCAAGAAGCCUCCAUCAGUUCAUUCUCUUCCCCUGUUCCUCCUCCUCCUUCUUGCCCCUUGGCUGUCCCGCCACCUGCGCCACCGCUUGAUCCCAAAAUAACAAAAGGUGCUGCAAUAUACCCACAGUAUUCUUUUAAGAAACGCAACCAGGAGGAUUCUUGCUACAGUCCAGUGAAACAGCCACUCAACAAGCAAGAUUCAUCAAGACCUGUGAUGCCAUUAGUAACCACCAAAGCACUGCAAAUGGUGCAGUUGAGGUCUGUGAAAAAAUCAACAGAAGGUGAAUCAUCAACUGAAUCUGCUUCUGAAACCACCUCUCAGGAAAAGGGUACUGUAAAUUCAUCAUCACAGUCUUUGCUAAAGCCAUCUCUCUCACUAAAACUCACUACCAGCUUAGGCGACGAGGAAGUGAAAACUCAAGGCGCCUCAUUUAAAAAUGCAGUUCAAACACUGUCUCGGGGCUCUCCUCUCAUUCUCUCUGAUAAUACCUCUGUACCUGACAGUGAUCAGAAGCCUGUAAGUACAGUAGGUCUAAAGAAAUCUGAAGGUGAUGCUCUGGGGUCAGCCACUGAUGAUGACACACCUGAGUCCUCAGUGCAGAGUGAAGACCUCCCUUCUGGCAUGUUACUUCAGGGGUCACCAGCAUCUCCUGACAAGACUCAGGUUGUAUUGCCAAGCAAGAAACCACCUCCUGUUUCAAAGAAACCCAAACUGUUCCUGCUGGUACCACCUCCACAGUUAGACCUUACAGUGGAGAAAGCAGCUGAAGUGAGUGAUACUGCCAGAAGCCCAACUAAGAGAGAUGCUGUGCAUGCACACUCUGAGGAGGUGAGAAAUUGUCUUACAGAUGGACUCGGUUCUAACGAGAUGGACUCUGGCAGCCUGGUUCCUGAGGGAGGAGCUGCUGGAUUCACCUUCUCUGCGACAGUGGGAGCGAAUGUCUUUGUGGUACAGCCUGCUGCAUCACCAGUUCAAGAAGAACCCAGGCAGGAGGAGCAGUCUGCUUUUGAUGAAGGAAGCAGUUCAGGCAGCAGCCAAGAUAGCGGCAGUAACGCUGACGGGCACCUAUCUCAAGAGAACGAAAGUGUGGAGGUGUUUGAGUCAGACACAGCCAGUAGUUCAUUCCUGCCAAGCAGUAGUUAUGGGGAAGAGACAGACGGAGUGGCAACACCAGCAAGACCAAGGACUACCGAGGAUCUUUUUGCAGCCAUUCACAGAUCCAAAAGGAAAGUCCUUGGCCGUAAAGAUUCUGAAGACGACCGUACCCGCAACCAUUCUCCGUCGCCCCCCGUAACUCCCACUGGUGCUUCCCCAAAUCUAGCUACCCUCAAACAAGCCGGAUCUAUCCAGAGAAGCGUUCGCAAGAGCAGCACCAGCAAUGACAACUUCAAAGCCCUGCUGCUGAAAAAAGGGAGCCGCUGUGACACCAGUUCCCGCAUGUCCGCAGCAGAGAUGUUGAAGAACACGGACCCGCGGUUCCAUCGGACAAAGACAGACGCCCCCGCUGACCUUUCCGACGGCCCUGCCAGCUGCUCACCCAGCAAGAGCAAACGGGCCCAGGAGGAGUGGGCCAAGAGUGAGGGCCUGAUGCCAAGGAGCAUGUCCUUCUCUGGCACGAGGUACGGCCGGUCACGGACACCCCCGUCUGCUGCCAGCAGCAAGUACAACGUCCGCAACCGCAUCCAGAGCAGCCCCAUGACUGUCAUUAGUGAAGGAGAUGGGGAAGUGGUGGAGCAGUCCGAGGGCAGGGUCCGGAGGACUUUGGAAGAGCAGCAAGAGGGGCAGCUUGAUAUGUUUAACAGUGAUGAAAUGGACAUGAAUGACUUCCCGUAUGCUGAGGAGGCAGGCUGCAAGGAGACCUUGGAUCCAGCCCAUGUAGACUUAAUGACUCAACCAGGUGCUUCAAGGAAGUAUCUAAACUCUUCAGCUGAAGAAAGUUAAAAUGCAGUGUGACAAAAGGCUUUGGAUAUUAGUCUAGAAAAUCACGGGGACUAGAUUCCAGGAGAAAGCCCAGACCAGGACAAGGUUACUUUGCUGAGCAUUUAUUCCACGAACUGCAUGUGUAUGUUUAAAUGCUAAAGUGACGAUGGUUCUGCAUGGUUGGGUUGGGGUGGGGAGCACUUGCUUUGAAUGACUGGUCUGUGGCUUGAAGAAUGUUAAGAAAUGAAUUUUUUGUGUAAAGCCUUAGAAGUCCUCUUGUGGGGUGGGGUGGGGAAGUUUUCUCAGAGUCUGUAGGGGUGUGAAAUUUUUCUUUUUCUUGAGACUGCAAUUGUGCAAGCAAAAUUUAGGAAUAAGCCUGAAAUGGGAAGGCUCCUGUGGUACAAGGUGGACGUUUGGUUCAAAAGCAUUGUAGUGAUGCAGCGUAGUGCAUUCGUUGAGCAGAGGGAGGCACAAUGAGGCACAUUCACCUCUGAGAGAAGGUAGCAGGGUCGCUGCUGGGGUUACAUGGCCCCCUAGUGGGGUAUGGCCCAGCAUUUGAUGAAGCGUGUCCUGCUCAAGCAGUGAGCUCACCAGGUUAUGGCUUGGUCCAGGGUACUGUACUUUUAAUUCUUUUUCCUGAGGGAAAAUGAGCUGUGUAGUUAAGGUGGAAAAGGGAGCUGAUUUUAUAAUACACUACUAGCUGCUAUGCAGCCACACACGUUCACUUGGUGAAACACACAUUUCCAGGUGAAUUGCUUCCUUGACUGGAGUAUUCCCUUAGAGAACUAGAACAGCUGGAUGUGCGUGGGGGGUGCAAGCAGACAUCAGGAAAGUGGGGGAUGGAUGAAUGAUGCCAGAAUUUGGAAGGGUUACUGUCAUGGUUUAGAAAUGCUAUUCCCCAAUUUAGUGUUCCCACCAAAACACUCCAAACCAUGUACCUGCUCACUCACUCCCCUCCCCUCUUACCUCUGCGGGUGGCUGAGGAGGAGAAUUGGAGGCACAAAAGGUGAAAGUUGGGGGCUGAUAAAAUAAAAAUUUACUGGAAACAACAAUGAAGUAAGAAAACGGACAGUAACACCAACAACACUUAGAGUGCGCACAAAAAAGGUGAAUGGCUCACAGGUGACUGCUCACCACACAGAGCCCGGUAAUGUGUGAUCUGCUGCCCCUUUUCCUUGUUCCCAGCAGUGUUGUGAGGUGGUGUAGAAUAACCUCUGUGUCCUGGCCACAGCCCCUCCUGGCUACUGCAAAAGAUGAACCCUGUCCUGGCCGGAACCAAGACAGUUGUGUUUCUGAAUUAAAAAGAGGAACUUGACUUGCACUACAAAGCUGUCUGUGGAGCCCGUCUUUCAAAACUGAAACUGAAACUUGGGAAUUGUGUUUUGCUGGAAAUCUGUCUUUCAUUUGUCAAAAUGGGGAGACUAUUACUUUUCAUCACUUGAAAUACAGAUACUUGCUAACUUUUGGUUACCAAAGAAUAAGUUACGGUUACUUUCCUUUUUGAUUUGCCUGCAGUAUUGCUCUUCUUUUUUAACCUUAAUAAUUUAGUGAGGUUAAUUUUUAUUGUAUAUUUUACAGAUAAUAAGAACAUUUAACGGUUUUCCAAUUGUAAAGAAGACCAUUAAUUAAAACUGAAAUACUGGCUGGAGUUUUUGGUUCUUGGUAGGAAUGAAACUUUUAAUUUUUAAUAAGAAUUUUGCAUCAUUUGAUGGCAUGCGCAGUUUUUGUAUUGUUUGUAAAUAUUGAAAGUUGUUAAAAUAUCUUUUGAUCUCCUUACCGUAGAAUUUUUACAUUUUUAGAUUGCUUUUAAGAAGGAAAAGCACUCUUUGUAGAUUAUUUAUUUUAGAGAAAUAUGCUUGUAAUCUCUUUCUUCAAUCCUUUACUUGUUAGUUAUGUAAAUUUCAGGGGCCUUCGUUUAACUCUUCCCUUCACAAGAGGGGAAUAGUGCUGAAAAUGCUGUGACUUCGCUUCAAUAAAGUAAAAGCCUGCCAGUUGCCAUAUUGUCUUUUGAGUUGAUUAAAAUCUCCUUCAAAAGAUGUGUCCCACAGCGUAUGGCAACCCACUGAAUGCCAUCAUCCAUGCAUCCAGCUACUAAUUUCCAGUUUUCAUUGCAAAAUUUACUAAUUCACUUUAGACACAACUAAAGUGUACUCACACAUCCAUCCCAUUCUGGUAUCUCAGUUGUGAGACUAAAAAAAAUUAAAUUAUCCUAAGCUUUUUCCAGUGUUGUGUGAGUAUUCCUACUACUUCUGUCCUACUUGCAACCUAUCCCAGAAAACUAAAAUUCUUGGAGAACCAGAUUAUAAGCAGAAUGAGUGAGAAGUGACAUGGACAAGUUGAAUCCAGCUGCACUCAGUGGAACAAGGGUGGUAUUAACUGUUGCGCAGCAAACUUUCUACCAUUUUCAUACGAUAACUAUAUUGAAAGAACCAUUGGAUUUUUAAAAUUAAAAUAAAACCUAAUUGGAUAAAGUA